AAAUGGAAGCGAAACCAAACGAAGAACAAUCUGUUGAAAUAAAGGAAGUGGUUAGCUCUACUCCUACUGAAGAUUGGGAUUCUGAUGUUGCUGAAAUUCCUAGAUUACAAGUUAUUGACGAACAUCAGAAAUUCACUGAGCAGCUUCCUGAGUAUAUGGGAAAGUGGGGUUUAGCUGAUGCAGGUUUUAAAUAUGAUGUCGUAGCUGUGUUUGGUUCUCAAAGCACUGGCAAAAGUACCCUCUUGAACAAGCUGUUUGGCACCAGGUUUGCAGAAAUGAAUGAAAACCAACGACAGCAAACGACCAAGGGUAUCUGGCUGUCUCGUGGUCGAGGUAUGCACGUACUCGUGAUGGACGUCGAAGGCACGGACGGUCGUGAGCGUGGAGAAGAUCAAGACUUUGAACGUAAAUCGGCCUUAUUCUCUAUGGCCACAAGCGAAGUGAUCAUUCUCAACCUUUGGGAACACCAGGUCGGCCUCUAUCAAGGCGCUAAUAUGGGAUUGCUAAAGACCGUCUUUGAAGUCAACUUGCAGUUAUUCCAAAACCAAAGAGGUAAGGAAAAGACCCUCUUGUUUAUGGUUAUCCGUGACUUUGUUGGCGCAACACCUUUGGAAAACUUGGCAAGAACACUCCGUACUGACCUUGAAAAGAUCUGGGAAAGCUUGUCAAAGCAUUUGAUUAAUCCUGAGGGACUUGAAGACUGCAAGAUCACAGAUUACUUUGAUUUCAUGUUUACUGGCUUACCUCACAAGAUUUUAUUGCCUGAUAAGUUUGAUGAAGAAGUAGCCAAGCUUCGAAAGAGAUUCAAUGAUCCUAAUCAUCCUGAUUUCGUAUUCCGUCCUGAAUAUCACAAGCGAAUUCCUGCUGAUGGGUAUCACUUGUAUGCUUCAAGUAUCUGGGAUAAAAUUCUGACAAACAAAGAUCUUGAUUUGCCUACACAACAAGAGUUAUUGGCUCAGUACAGAUGUGAUGAGAUUGCUAAUGCUGCAUUUGUAGUAUUCCAAGAAGGCACUGCACUCUUCAAAUCACCUAUUCUUGAAAAGGGUGAGAUUAUGGAUGAUUUGGGAGAGAGAAUGAAGAAACUUCAACAGGAAGCGCUACAAUCGUUUGACAAGAGUGCUUCUCGUUAUAACCAAGGCGUGUAUCAGAAAAAGCGAGUUGAAAUGGUGACUAAACUGAAUACACAAUUGGGAGUUUACUUUGUGGGUCAAUUGAAAAACUUGCACAAGAAAGCGAUUCAUUUGUUUAAUGACAAACUUCAACAAGAGCUAAAGAAGCCCAAGUAUCAGUUUGCUGAGGUAGUUUCAUCAUGUUUGAAAGAAGCAACUGCAUUUUUUGAAAAUGGUGCCAAAGCCAUGGUCAUUGAAGGAACAGAUUGGUCCUAUGCCCAUGAAGAAGAAGCUUUGAAGGAAGAGUUUAAAGAAUUGGCUGCAAAAGCGCGUACAAAGGAAUUUACAAAGAUGAGCAAAGCACUUGAAAAGCAAAUAGAAACCGAGCUUACGGAUCCUGUCGCACUUGAACUCAACAGGCCUGGACCAGACAUGUGGACCAAGAUUAUCAGUAUCUAUAACGCCACAUUGGCUGAUGCUGAGAAAGUACUGGCCAAACAAGCAGAAAGCUUUGAUCUUUCAACUGAAGAAGCUCAAACAUCAGCUGCUAACCUGAAGAGACAAACUUGGUUGGUAUUAAGAAAAAAAAUAGACGAGGAAUUAGCUGAUAAUCUGCUACUGUUGAAGCUGAGAAACAGAUUUGAAGAAAAGUUUCGAUAUGAUGAAAAAGGUCUUCCAAAAGUAUGGAAACCAGAAGAUAAUAUCGAUGUUCAUUUUAAGAAAGCUAGAGACGAAACCUUGUCUUUGAUCAAAUUGUUCUCCAAGAUUGAUACAAGUUCAGAUGAUGAGUUUAAGAUUGAAUCAACUGAAGAGUUUGAUUUUGAACAGUCACUUAUUAUUCUUGGUGAAGGCAAGCAAAUUGAUAUAUCAAAUCGUUUCAAGAGAGAAUCCGAUGCAUUCUAUUUGGAAGCCAAACGAUCUGUAGUUGCCACUACAGCCAAGAUACCCACUUGGGCCGUUAUUGCCAUGAUAUUCCUCGGUUGGAAUGAAUUCAUGACAAUCUUGAAGAGCCCUAUCUACCUUGUGUUAUUCAUCUUGUGUGUAUCCGUUGGUUACGUUGUAUAUGCUCUCAACCUUUGGGGACCUUUAGAAAGAAUAUUGACAACUGUAUUCAAUGAAGCGACGAGUAUGGCCAAGAAUCGAAUUGCGGAAACAGUGCAUGCUUCAGGAAGUGGUCGGUCACAAUAUGAAAUGAAGGAUUUUAAAACAGAAUAAAAAAAGAACUGAUUACUCUAUAUAUUUGUGAUAUUUCAUCAUUAAGCGGGAAUAAAGAAACAGACAAGAAAAAAAAAUUUUUUUAAUGAUUAUUUUUCAUUUGAUUUUACAAUGUAUACAGAAAUGGUGGUGAUAUGGUUUUGC